AUGCCAUUUCCAAAAACUGUGCGUUCUAAUUUUGAGCUGCCAUUUAAGGCGUAUGAAACGAUUGCGCGGUCAGUAAAACUGUGGGGGGCAGCGCACCGCCUUGUCGCGUUCGUCGUUAAAUUUGGGAUCUCGGUGACCGCGUCACCAAGGAAGCGGCGAUUUCAAUCCUCAACCAAGCAAUUUGAUCCGAUCGAGAUGGAUCUAGCCUCGGAUCGAGCCGGCAAGCCGCUCGUGGACGGCGGCAGACAACCGCCAGGCGCCGCCCCACCACCACCACCUCCUCCUCCUCCCAAUUCUUCUGAUUCCGCCCAACCGCACUCCCACCCGCAUUCUGACUCUACGCAGGCGGUGACCUGGAGCAGCGAUUUGAAUAGGGGGACGCCCCCCUCCGCGCCUCCUAAUGGUGAUGCUCCUGCCGCCCCUGUCCGGACCCGUCACAACCCCGAUGCGAAUCCCUCGCCGGCAGACUACGACAACAAAAAUACCAUGGAGACGGUUAAGAACGUGCUUAGCAGAUGGGGGAAGAAAGUAGGAGAGAAAGCAAAGGCCGCUGAGGCCUUCUCAAGAGAUACAUGGCAACACUUGAAAACAGGACCUAGCUUGGUUGAUGCAGCUAUGGGAAGACUCGCUCAGGGUACCAAAGUUAUAGCAGAAGGCGGUUAUGAAAAAAUUUUCCGACAAACUUUCGAUGCAUUUCCUGAUGAGCAACUUAUAGAUUAUUUUGUUUGCUACCUAUCAACAUCAGCUGGCCCAAUAAUGGGAGUCCUUUACCUCUCUACUGCAAAACUUGCCUUUUCUAGUGAUAACCCUCUUCCUUACAAAUCUGGACAACAGACUGAAUGGAGUCAUUUUAAGAUUGCAAUUCCCUUACAUCAACUGAUGUCAAUUGUGCCCUCUAUUAGCAAAACAAAUAGUGCUGAAAAGUAUAUUCAAAUAGUCUCGGUUGACAAUCAAGAAUUCUGGUUCAUGGGAUUUCUGAAUUACGACACUGCUGUGCACCGUUUGCAAGAAGCUUUGCGCGAUAUGCAAAAGGAAACAUCAACUCGACGAUAGAUCCAGAUGUUCCAACCAUGUUACUUUUAGUGGGGCAAUAGAUUCAGGUGUUUCUAUGGCGCAUGUCAAUAUUUAUUUACUUUGUUCAUGUAAAUGCAGUUAACAAUUGAUUUGUGACCUUCAAACUUUGCUUCAUGUCAAUUACAUGUUGGUUUUACACUCAAUUAACUUUGUUUUCUUGUUCAAUCUUUCUUUUUCA